AUGGCAGACGACCCUGUAACAGUUGAAAGAAAAUUUGGUAGUCUUAGCGAGUACAGCAUACAGGUGAACCGAUGGAUCUUAAAACCAAUAGGCGCUUGGCCCUCUUCAAAUUCUACUACUAACCGCGAAAAAUUCAUGUCAUGGAUUUUAAAUGUGAUUUGCUGGUGCUUUUCAUUGUUCACUAUAAUUCCUGGCGUAUUAAACAUCCUGCUCGAGAAAGAAGACCUUUACCUCAAACUAAAAAUGUUUGGUCCACUUAGUCAUUGGUGUGUCGGAGGAUUCAAUUACGCUGUGUUGUUGCUACGCCAAGGUGACAUACAUUAUUGCAUAAAACAUAUAAGAACCGACUGGAAGACUAUAACAAGGUUGGAUGACCAACGAGUAAUGCUAAAAAAUGCGAAACUCGGUCGUUACAUCGCGUGUUUCUGCGCCGCUUUCAUGCAUGGGAGCGUCUUUUGCACUUGCCUUGUAUUAGGAGCAUUUAAACGAACCAUCGAAGUCAGAAAUGAGACCAUCCUCGUAUAUACUUUACCUUGCCCAGCGUAUAAACUUCCAGUUCAAACUAAUCCAGGACACGAUAUCAUUCUUGGUACACAAUUUUUAUCAGCAUUUAUCGCAACAUCAAGCGCCGCUGGCGCGUUUAGUCUUGCUACAGUUUUCGCAAGCCAUGCUCUUGGUCAGUUAAAUAUAAUGGUAACUUGGAUCAACGAAUUCGUGAAUCAGCAUUCGAAAGAUCAGAAUAAUAAUGCUCGUGCCAAUAGAAUAGGUGUAAUCGUGGAACAUCAUUUGAGAGCUCUAAGUUUGAUCGCACGUAUCGAACGUAUUAUGAGUCCAAUAUGCUUCAUGGAAAUGUUCAAAUGUAUGCUGGGUAUGUGCAUGCCUAGCUAUUACAUUCUUGCGGAAUGGUCUGAACAUAAUAUUCAGAACAUAACUGCAUAUGUUAUGAUAAUUAUUUCUAUGACUUGCAACAUUUUUUUAGUAUGUUACAUCGGUGAAAUAAUAAUGGAAAAGUGUAAAAAGAUUGGAGACAUGGUUUAUAUGGCAGACUGGUAUCAUUUGCCUGACCAAGAUAUCAUAAAUCUGAUUAUGAUCAUUUCUCGGUCUAGCAUGGAAGUUAAAAUGACUGCGGGGAAGAUAAUUGACAUGUCCGUAUUAACAUUCGCUAAUAUUGUAAAGACAGUUUUUGCGUACCUAAAUAUGCUACGUCAGACGACGAUGACGUAAGCUGCACAUAUCUUUAACGUAUAUCUACUUAGACAAUAAACUUUAUCAUUUUUCUGUUAAAACAACUUGGAGGUACAAAAAAUAUUUCUUUCACCUUUUAUGAUGAUUAAAUGUGUGCUUUUGAUGUGCAGUAAAAAAGAACAUAUUAUAGCAUAAAUCUCAUUGAGAUGGUUGAUAAAAUUAUAAUUAUAUCUAAUCAUAUUUUUAGACAAUUAAUUAUUGGACAACACUCCUGAAAAAUUAAUACUAUUGAAAGUUCAUGUGAAAUUAUUAUUAUUUUAAUCUAGAAUAGCUUUUGAAAUUAUUACUGAUUAGUAUGCAUUAGUUAUUUUUUACUUAUUCAAACAAUAUCAAAUAUAUUUAUAUUCAUUCGUGAAAACAUUUCUAGAAAUUUCACUGGAUUGUAUAGAUACACAUACAUGCCUUGCUACGGAUUGAAUCAACAGGUGGUUAUAAGGAGAUUUCAACUGCACAGACAGUAAGUUUCUCGAAUCUGAUUUGCCAUAUACCAUACUUUUAGCACAUGAACAAUUCUAAAACUUCAUUGUAGCUAAUACGCAUUUACGCACAAGUGUCUAUCAAUCAUGGUGCAAUGUACUUCAAUCGAAUGUCUUCUGUUACAGAUGUUAAAAUCGUUACUGACUACGGAUGUUACAGCCGUCAUCUC